AGCGGUUUUUGUUCGAGCCGUGGGGGCAUCGGCGACCCCGGUGCGCCGGAGUGGCGCAACGGCGGCGCCGGGCCGGAGUGGCCGGCCGCUGGAUGACGCUGCCCUUGUGCGAGGUGACGCUCGCCGUCGUGGGGGGGGACGUGCCUGAGGCUGCAAGGCGAUGGCCAGUGCGAGUGGUGCCUGUCGCGGACUACGACGGCGACUGGGGGAGUGCGUACCUCUGCGGCCGGGCAGCAGAGGUCCAGCGCCACCUCGGCCUGCUGGCGGAGCGGGGGCAGGGGAAACCGCUGGGCCUGCUGCUGGAGGCGGCCGGCGCGGAGGAGGAGCACGGCGGCGUGCCCGUGGAGGUUGUGCCCGAGCUCUCCGGGGGCUUCACUUCCAGCUCCUGGGAGCCCGUCGUUGCGGCGGUGUGCUCGAGGCACGUGGAGACUAUGCAGGGCAUGAUCUUCGGACAUGCGAGGCGGUCUCCGGAUAAAACCGCCGUGGUCUUCAUGGAGGAGGAGUGGACGUUCGCGCAGCUGACCUCGAGGGCGCGCAGCGUGGCCGACUGCCUGCUGGCGGACGGGCACAGCCCCGAGCUCGGUCCAGUGGCGCUGCAGCUGGGCCAGAGCGCCAUCACCGUUGCCGUGUACCUGGGCCUGAACAGCGCCCGCUUCGUGCUGCACAUCGUAGACUCCACCGCUGCCGGGCGGUCCUGGAAACUCGGCGUGUGCAAGUCUCAGGCGCUCAUCUGCGAGGCCGGCGCAGAGCGACCGUCUGAGCGGGAGGUCCCCAAGGUGAUCUACGUGGAGGAGCUGCGACGGCGCCUGGACGCUGGUCGCUCGCCGUGCGACCUCGAGGUGGCAGGUGAGCUGGAUGACGUCGCAUUCAUCGAGUACACCUCCGGCUCCACUGGGCGGCCGAAGGGCGUGGCCACUCGGCAGCAGGCCAUCGCCCACUGGACGAGGCUGCACGAGUACCACUUCCCCCUUGUUCCCGGCAACGACAGGGUGGCCUACAACUUGUUCUUCAUUUGGUAUUGGCAGAUACAGCUCGCGCAGGGUGGCACGAUGAUAGUGUAUCCCUUUGAGAUGAACAAAGACAUCUCGGCGCUGUCGCGCUACUUCGCGGAGAAAGACGUCCACCGCUGUAAUUGUCUGACUCCGGGCCUCAUACAGGCCAUGCUCGAGGUCGAAGAGAAGCCGCCAACUGGCUUGAAGGUCAUGUUCAGCGGCGGCGAGGCGCUGCCCAUGUCGACCUGCCGCGAGUGGCACCGCAGGUGGCCGCACGUGGAGCUCAUCAAUAACCUCGCCAUGACAGAGACGGCGGCCGACGUGUGUUUCUGCCGUAUCACCGAGGAUGUCAUUGCAAUGGACCUUACGUUCGCACCCAUAACGGACGGCAUCAUCGUGUGGAAGAACAAGUUCGAGGUUAUCGACGAGGAGCUCGUCGUCAGCGGAUGGAACGUCGCCAGCGGCUACGAGCCUCCCACCGUGUCCAAGUCUUUCUCGCCAUUGCCCAGCGGUGAGGGAUACAGCUACAGGACGGGCGACCGCGCCAAGUGGAUGCAGGGGAAGCUCGUCCUAAUGGGGCGAAAAGAUUUCGUGGUGAAGAUCCGCGGCCACCGGGUGGACCUCGCGGGCAUCGAGGCGACGAUGGAUGGCUGCCCCGCAGUCAGCAACAUCGCCGUCGUCAGCUUCCAGGACUCCGUGUGGGCGGUGGUCGUGACGAGCGACCUGCCCGCGGCCCAGCGCUUCGCCGAGGAGAAGCUCGCGCAGGCGCACCUCAUCACCUGGCUGCAGCGCGAGGAGCUGCCCAUGACGGCCUCCGGCAAGCGGGACCGCCCGAAGGUCAAGGUGCUGCUGGAGCACCUGCACGUCACCCAGGGCCUCGAGGCGGGCGGUCUGCCUGGUGGCCCGCCGGCCGGCGAGGCGGAGCUCCGCGUGGCGGCGGCCUGGCAGGCGGUGCUGGGCCGGACGGUGGGCCGUGAGGAGCCGUUCCUGCAGGCCGGCGGCCACUCGCUGGCGGCGAUGAAGCUGGCCAAGCAGCUCGGCAUGGCGCCGGCGGAGAUCUUCGCGUACCCGACGGUCGCGGCGCAGGCGGCGCACCUCUCGCGGGCCGCGGUGCCUCCAGCGGUGGCGCCGGCACCGGCACCGACCGCGAGCCACGGGCCCGCGGCCGUGAUCGGCAUGGCUGGCCGAUUUCCGGGCGCCGACUCCGCGGAGGUGCUGUGGGAAGCGCUGCAGGGUGGCAAGGAUCUAUUGUCCGUGAUCUCCGCCGAGCCGGACCGUGUCCCGAGGAAGGGCGUCGUGCCGGACUUGGGCCUGGACUGCGCCUUCUGGGGUAUUGCGAAGGAGGUAGCUGCGGGCACGGAUCCAGCGCAGCGAGUGCUGCUCGAGUGCGCCUACGAGGCCCUGGAGGACGCAGGCUUCGACCCCUUCCACGUGCCUGGCCGCGUGGGCGUGGUCGUGUGUGGCGGCUCGCUCUCCCACUACGCCGAGGACGUGAUGGGCAUCGACCUGGUGGAGUGCCGUGCGGAGCGGCCAGACGACUACUUCGGCCUGGAGAUCGGCCUGGACAAGGACUACCUCGCGACGCAGAUAUCAUUCCGGCUGAACCUGCACGGGCCGAGCGAGACUGUCGGAACUGCCUGCAGCUCGGCCCUGGUGGCGGUCGUUCGGGGCCUGCAGAUGCUGAAGCUUGGUCUCUGUGAUUACGUCGUCUGCGGAGGGGCGUCCUUCUCGCCGGACGACCCGAUGAAGAAAGUGGACGGGAUGGUGUGGUCGCCAGAUGGGGUAUGCCGUCCAUUCGCCGAAGGCGCGAACGGCACCGUGCAUUCUGACGGCGGUGGGCUCGUGGUGCUUACCCGUCUGGAGGGCGCGAUGCAGCGCGGGGAGCGCGUGUACGCAACCGUCCUCGGCGGUGCCACCAACAACGACGGGGCGCGCAAGGCGGGCUACUCAGCGCCGUCGCACGAGGGGCAGGUCGAGGUGAUCCGUGCUGCCCAUGCGGAUGCUGGAAUCACUGGCUCCGACAUCAACUACGUGGAGGCGCACGGCACCGGCACGAAGAUGGGCGACCCCCUCGAGGUGCUGGCCCUGGCCGAGGCGCUCACGGCGAGCAGCGGGGGCCCGCUGGCCCCGCGCAGCGUGGCGCUCGGGUCUGUCAAGGGGAACGUCGGCCAUAUGAACACUGCCGCAGGUGUGCCUGGACUCAUCAAGGCUACGCUGAUGCUGCACCACCAGAAGAUGGCGCCUUCCCUGCACGCAAGCCGUCCGAGCAGCCUGAUCCCCUGGGAACGCACGCCGUUCCACCUGGCAGAGGCCGCCACGGACUGGAGCGGCAAGGUCGCCACGGUGAGCUCGUUCGGCAUCGGGGGCACGAACGCACACGUGGUGCUCGGCGCCGCCCCCGCGCCGGCCUCGCCGCCGACCGCGGUCGCCCCAGCGGCAGCGCGGCGGAGGUUCAACCGCGACGUGCUCGUGCCGCAGGGUGCUGCCAAGGCGCGGAGGCGCUUGAGGGCUGCGGCGGCCGGGGCGGGUGCCAGGGCUGGCGCUUCAGUGGCGAGGGAGCCGACUGCAGAGGUCCGCGGCAAAGCCGAGCCGCUCGAGGGCUUCUUCCACGAGGUGUGCUACGAGAAGGUCGAGGUGAGCCGCCUGCAGCCCAGCUCCGCGGCCGUGGUGGUCGAGGGCGGCGGCCCGCUGCCCGAGGGCCUGGGCCUGCCGUCGGACUGUGUGGAGACGGCCCCUCAGCGCGCCCUCUCGGCGGCGCGUGCCUGUGGCGGAGUCCUCAUCUUCCUGGGAGCCUCCGACGCUCGGCCUGGCCGCGACGACCAGUCCCAGGAGAGCAUGCUGAUGGAUGCCGUUCAGCUGCUCAACUCCCUCGCGCGGGCGCCACGGAAGGAUCUCGAGGUGUUCUUCGUUCUGCGCGCGAACCUGCGAUAUGCGGCCCUGUGGGGCCUCCUUCGGGUUGCCUGCCGGGAGCACCCCGAGCUCCGCCUGCGCCGUGUCCAGUUCGAGGACGGAGCGCCCCUGGUGCUGCCGGCGCUGCCGCAGGAGCUGCUGCUGCGGCAGGAUGGCGGCGCCUACGCGCCCCGCCUGCGCCCCACGCCUCCGCCGCCCGUGGCGGCCGAGGCGCCGGCGCCGUGCGCGCAGGCCCUGGUGACUGGCGGCUGCCGAGGGAUCGGCGUCAAGGUUGCCGAGUGGCUUGCCCGGACAGGCCGUGCGAAGUCCCUCGUCCUGGUGUCGCGCCGGCCCCCGCAGGGCGAGGAGGCGGAGGCCGUGCGCCGGCUCGGCCAGGAGUUGCCGGUGGACGUCCGUGCCUGCGACGUCGCUGAGUGGGCGGACGUCAGCAGGCUGCCCGACUGCGACCUGGUCGUGCACUGCGCGGGCAACGUGAAGGACAGCCUCCUCCUGCACACCAGCGCGGAGGACCUGUGCCAGGUGACGCGGCCCAAGAUCCGUGGCGGCAUCCACCUCAAGGAGAGGUUCCCUGGCGCGCGCAUCCUGGGCUUCUCCUCCUCGUCGGGCAUCUUCGGGCCCGCCGGGCAGGCCACGUACGCGGCCGCAAACACCUUCCUGGACGGCCUGAUGCCUUGUAUCCAGUGGGGCGGAUGGACCGAGGCUGGCAUGGCAACGGACCUGGGCAUGACUCCGCUUCCCGGGGAGAGGUUCUUUCCACUCGAGGUGGGCCUCCAGUGCCUCGGCCGCGCCCUUGACGCGCUCGGGGGCGCAGGUCCUGAGGUCUGCCGGCCUCUCUGCGCUCUGGACUCGGAUUGGCCAGUCUACAGGCAGAGCGCGGCCGUCUUUGCACCCGAUGAUGCGCUUCUGGCCGACAUCUGCCCAGCCGCGGCGCCGUCCCUGCUCGGCGAGGUGCGCGCGGCCCACGGCGACGAGCACGUGCAGAGCUGGGAGCUCGUGCUCGGCCACGCUGGGGCGCGCUGGCGCGGGUCGCUCCAAGCCUGGGAGGUGUGCCAGCAGCACGUGGUGGACGGCGCCCCCAUCCUCCCGGCCACGGCCUACGUGGCCAUGGCGCUCGAGGCGGCGCGCGGGGCUCUUCGCUCGCAGCACGUGCUGCUGACCGACGUCGCGUUCCUGCGGACCAUGCAGCUGACCACGGCGAGAAGGCUCGUCACCACGCUCGUGCGCGCGAGCACGGGGUCCAGUGGCACCUUGCGCUUCUCGAGCUGGCCGGUGGAGGACGACGCAGUGCCCCCCACGCUGCACUGCACCUGCAGCUUCUCGCUGGCGCCCGCGGCGUUUCGGGGCAGCAGUCUGGCCGUGGAGAGGCGGCUGGAGCCUGUCGAGGGAGUCUACCAGCAGUUCGCGGACGCCGGCUUCCACUACGGCCCGAGCUUUUGCGCAACAGGCUUCCGCGCCGAUGGCACCGACGCCAUGUGCGAGCUCCCGCCGCUGCCAUGCGCGCCUUUCCCGGUGCAUCCGGCAGCGCUGGACUCCGCUCUCCACCUCGCCGCGCUCGUCCAUCCGCUGGGCUACCGCGGGGUGCCACAGGCCAUCGGCCGCGUGGAGGCCCACCUGGGCGCCUCCGCCACGGCCUGCACCGCCGUCGCCCGUGGCCGCGGCGCCGACAUGGAGGUCGAGGUGCUCGACGAGGAGGAUGACGUCCUGUGCGCGGUCUCUGGGCUGGUGCUCGCCUCCCUGGACGCCUCCCCGACCCUCUCCACGCGCCGCGAGGCCUGGAGGCCCCUGGCCCCGGCGCCGCGCGGCGCCUGGCUCGCGGGCGACGCGGAGGCGCGCGCCCUGGCGCUGCCCGACACCACGGCGGACGCCGGGGCGCCCCGCGAGGCCGUGGUGCUCGCGUGCCGCGCGGAGUCGCUGGAGGACGUCUCGGCCUGCCGCGAGCGGGCCCGCCGGCACGCGGCUCGCGAGCGCUGCUGGGUGGUCGUGCUCGACUCGCCCCUCGCCGAGGCAGCGGCGGCCGCGGCGGCGGAGGUGGGCGCGCAGGCGGUGCUCGGCGCGCCCGAGCAGGUCCGAGCGCUCUCGGGCGGCUUGGGCGUCUCCGCGCCGGUCGUGCGGGCAGAGGGCGGCCAGCUGUGGGCGCAGGCCCUGGAGGUGGCGGACAAGCCGCCUCCCCGCAUCGUGCCGAAGGACGAGUCCUUCAAGGUCACCCUGGACACGAGCAGGGCAGCCAAGGGCGCGCGCUGCCGGCUGGCGCCGCGGAGGCCUCCUCAGGCGCACGAGGUAGAGGUGCAGACGUCUCUGUGGGCGCUGAAUUUCCGCGACGUGCUCGUGUCCGUGGGUGCGAUCGAUACAGAGGUGGCUGGGCAGGAUCUGGGCAUCGGGGGUGAGUGCUACGGAAGGGUGACUCGCGUUGGCGCCGACGUGGUGGGCAUCGCCGAGGGCGACUUGGUCAUGGCAGUUCCGCCAGAUGGCAUGGGCUCCUUCGCCAACAUCGACGCUCGCUGGGUAUGCCAGGCUCCAUCCGGUAUGACAGCGGAGGAGGCGGUCUCUGGCACGUGUGCCUACGCUACUGCCUGGCUGGGGCUGCACUGGAUGGCCCGGAUCCAGCGAGGGGACAGCGUGCUGAUCCACAGCGCGGGGGGGGGAAUCGGGCUGGCGGCGGUGCACCUAUGUCUGCGCGCGGGCUGCACGGUCUACGCCACGGCGUCUACCACAGAAAAGAGGAACCUCGUGCUCUCCUUGGGCGCAGCCGCCGCGUUCAACUCGCGCGACCCAGCCGCAUUCGAGCGGGGCGUUCGGGAAGUGACUGGCGGCGAGGGGGUCGACGUCGUUCUGAAUUCCCUGAGCGGUGAUGCUUUGGUGGCCUCUCUGAAGCUGCUCCGCCCCUUCGGCCGCUUCAUCGAGCUGGGCAAGCGAGACCAGUACGAGAAUACACGACUCGGCCUCGGACCCUUUCUUGGAGGUCUCACGUACUCGGCAGCUCAUUUUGACGUGCUGAUGCUGAGGCAGCCGAAUAGGUGCAGACAGUUGCUGGAGGAAGUCUGGAGGGAUCUCCCUGACUUGCCGAGGCUUCCCACCAGGUCUUUCCCAAUCGGCCAGCUCUCCGAGGCUUUGGAGUACUUCUCCAAGGGCGUGCACGUGGGCAAGGUCCUGGUGUCUAUCGAGGACACGCCUGCGAUCCCCGCAUUGCCGAGGGCAGUCUCUGGCCCCCCAGGCGACGAGGUGGCCGCCACGCUGCGGCGUUCGCUGAGCGCAGCAGACGGGCCUGGCGGCCUGGUUUGCGUUCCCUCUCUCCAGUCGUUGUCGACGACGGCCCAGCUGGAGGGUGCCCAGGCGAUUGUCACGGCAUCCGGAGCCGUCGCGGCGCUGGCGCGGGCCGUGUGCCCAGGCGCGCUCUGUGUGCAGCUGGCGCGUUGGGAGCAUCUGCCGGCUUCGGCGCUGGACGAGUGGCUGUCCCUCGGCGGAAGCCUGGUGGCCUCGGAGGAGGAGGCCGGUGGGAACCUGCGCGAGUGGUUGGUGGAGGUCGUCUCCGAGAUGGCGGGCCCCUUCGAGAUGGACGCCGCCUUUGAGAGCACGGGCCUGGACUCCCUGAGCCUCAUUUCGCUGGCCCGCCGGCUGUCGGCGAAGGCUGGGAGGGGCGUGUCGGUCGCCGACCUUUAUGACCACCCGACGCCGCAGCUGUUGCUGGACUCCCUCACGGGGUCGCCGCAGGCUCCUCUGGUGAGACCCAAGGCCCUCUGCCUUCACGGGUUUCGCUCCAACCGCGACGCCUUUGCUGCGGCGGCCGCGCCGUACGUCAGCGCCGCGGCCGGUCUUGUCGAGUGGAUAUUCGUCAACUCGCCCAGGAGGGCGACUGGGCCAGCCGACCCGAAGGUCCCCAUUGAGGAGGCGUACGAGUGGUGGGGCCAGUGCGGCGGCUCAUUCGAGACGGGUUGGAUGGGCCCAGCCUUCGAUGGAAUCGAUGAGACGUUGCCCAUGGUGAAGCGAAUGGCGCCUGUUGGUGUCGUGGGCUUCAGCCAGGGCGCUGCGGUGGCCUCCCUGGUCGACUGCGCCUGGGUGGCGCUCUUCUCGGCCGUGGUCCCCCCUGGUCUUCAUGACCGGGCAACGCCCUCAUUCCACUGCUACGACCCGGCGGAAGAAUACGCCGAGCAGAUGGAGGAGGUGGCGGUGCGCUUUAGCAGCAAGGAGGUCUGCACUCACCACGCCGGGCACAGCAUCCCAAAGGACGACGAGCUCGUCAGGAGGUUCGCGGCCUUCGUCACCGCGGCCUGCGCUGCCGCCCGAGGGGCUCCUUGAAGCCGCGCGCUUCAGAGCAGCCGCAGCGGGUAGCUGGGAGGUGGAGGGGGCGAG